AAAGGAUUGUGCCAGCUUCGGAACUGUUAGAUGUGAGAUGUGAACCGUCAGGAAAGGGCCGGAAUAGACGUGAAUCACCCCGAGAUAAACGUACAAUCCCGCCUCCCUGCUGGUCGCGCCCAAUUUAUACUGUUGGGCACAAGGAAGUAAUCAGAGCCAAAAAGUAAAGGCGGGCUUUAGUGAGACAUUCAAAAAUGUCGCCAUUCCGGACCAUUGUCGGUUACAUUCUGCCUCCAAAAGACAAACGCUUCGCGGAAAACGACGGCCAUGAAGGUUUGGACACUGAGGAGGAGGAGGAGGAGGAGGAGGAGGAGGAAGGCGGCCAGCCAGAAUUUUUAGACUUCACUGAGAUGUCCGGAGGAGUCAUGAUAAAAGUGACCCAAAUCGCGCGCACUCAAGUGAGGUUCUACGAUUUUGAAACUAACAAAGAGCACUGUGCAGAGGGAAAGUUCACACUCCUGGACCCCUGGUGGAUGGUCACAGGCAAGGCAAGAUCUGAGAAGAAAAAGUUGGUGCUGAUGGACCCUCCAUCCUUCCAGCUGCGGACUAAUGUGGAGGAAGAUAUCAUGAACUUGUUCUUCAAAGAGUGCGGCGUGCAUCAUUCUCACGUCAUGGAUUUCAGGCAGUGGCUGAAGGCAGAAAGUGUGCUGAAUUUCGAAAACCUGCUACAGCUGCUUGACAAGUUUGGGAUGGUGCCGGAUGGUCAGCAUAAAGAAGUGGCAGGGCAGAUGAAGAAGCAGGUUACUCAGUCAGUUGCAGGGAGGCGUGUGUUUGCCGCAGCAGCGUAUCCUCAUGUGAUGAAGCACCUGCCCACCCUGUUUCCAAAGCACUUUCUGGAGCUCCUCCAGAAAGGCAAGGAGCCAUCUAUCAAGGAGGAAGAUGACAACAGCUUGCUGGGCAGGCUGGAGAACAUUAUUAGGAAAGAAGCGUGGAAGCUGGGUUUCAGCGAUAUCCUGCACAAGGAGCUUGGUCUGAUGCGAUGUGAGGCCACUGUGAAGGCUUUCCAAGCUUGUGGGCUGUUCCAUGAGAUCUCCACCCUGCAGAAGAAUGCCUUACUGGUUUAUUCAAAACUGAAGCAAGUUUGCUACAGGACCGGCAGCACCUAUGUGGAUCUGAAGGACCUCAAAGAAGACAGGCCAGAGGAUGAGCACAGGGAGGCAGUCUUUUUUCUCAGGGACCAGGGUGUAGUUGUGAAAACCAUGAAGACACGUGUGGCUCUGAGGAAGCUAUACACCUAUGAGACAGGCAUCGCCAACUGCUUGGAGCAGCUACUGUCUAGGUCUCCAUAUGUCAUUGAUCUGGAUGCCAAAGAAGUCCUUCAAAAGAGUAUCAGUACAAAUAGUGGUAUACAGAUGGAUCCUGACGCAGAGCAGGUUCAAGCUGCCAAGAUGAUCUGUGCCAACCCCAUAUCCAUCAUCAGUGGGAAGGGAGGCUCUGGAAAAACCACAGUUGUCUGCCAGGUUUUGAAGGCAGCCAUGGAGCAGGGCAGGUGUGCCAAGGAGGAAGUGAAGAAUGUCCCUUGGGAUUUUGAAACCAGUGAUAAGGCGGAGGUCCUUCUUACCGCACCUACUGGACGGGCAGCUGCCUUGUUGACCAAGAAGAUGGAGUUUAAAGCAUACACAUUACAUCAGGUGUUGUGGAGUUUUAUGAAUGAGGAGAAGGAUGGUAGUGGGGCCCCAAAGAAGUGGAAGUUUUCCUCCGUGCGAGUGUUUGUGGUGGAUGAGGGUAGCCUCAUGUGUGUGCAGAUCUUCCACUCUGUCCUCAAAAUGCUGACAGACUAUGGCCAGCUCCAGAAGAUCAUCAUUCUGGGAGACUUGAGACAAUUGCCCAGCAUCAGACCAGGGAACGUGCUAUCUGACCUGUUCAACGGCGUGCUCCGUGUCCAUUGGGCCACAGAGAUGAAAACAAACCAUCGGGCCGAGUCAGAGUUGAUAGUCAAGAAUGCCGAACUAAUCUCUAAGAGGUGUUGUGACCUGGAAUGGGAUGCCACCGUGGACUUGACCUCCCCUUUCACCAACCCCUCUCUCCCCCCGCCACCCCCCAACAGCCAUUUCAUUGCUGUUCUUCUUCCACAAGACAACACCUAUUUCGCACACCUAAAAAAGGCGGUCACCGCGCUGCUGGAAGCUGGCCCAGGGUUGAAGACUGACAGGUCCUCACAGUUCAUUGCAUUCUCAAGGAAGGAGUGUGCAUAUAUCAAUGAGCUGUGCUGGGAUUAUAAACACCGUACCGGGUCAGCCUGCAUGAUAAGCCACAAGAAGAAACCAGUGUUUAGGCAAGGUGACAAAGUGUGCUGUACGAGGAACGGCUCCGUUACAGACCUCGAGUUGGGGAAAGACUGGGACCAGCUCAGCUGCAGAGGAUCCGAUACCGAGGAUGACACUGAAGGUUACGAUGAAAAGAAGAAUAUCAAGAAGCGACUCUGCAAUGGACAGAUCUUCUUCAUCAAGGACGAUGUGACGGUCGUGGAGGCUGCAGCACGGGGCAAGAGACGGUACCUAACUCUGGACGACAACGAUGGCUGUAUCUUUACUGUGCUUUUUAAGGAGCUGCAGAAAGAGUGCAAGAUCCAGCACGCCUGGGCCAGGACCAUCCACACCUUCCAGGGGUCAGAAGCUGAGACCGUCGUGUACGUCCUGGGAUCAGGGUGGUAUCAGGACUGGAGACACAUGUACACGGCCGUGACACGAGGGCGAAAGCGCGUCUAUGUGCUGAUGCGCAAGGACAGCCUGAAAAAUGCCAUCAAAAGAAGGGUCACCAACCGUAAAACUCAGCUGGAAGGUCUGGUGAAGCAAGUGAUUGCCAAAAUGGUGCCCACUAAGGCAGGACCAGCUGCAGCAGCUGGCAGCAAUCAUCCGGGUGACGACUACGAUGGCAACAAGACCGCAGCCAAAAGGCCCAAGAUGGAGGCCCAAGAGUCUCCCUCUCCCAUGGGGCCUGUUCCAUAAUCUACUCCUGAAGGACGUCUCCACUGCCUCCACCAGUCAUGCGUCACUGCGGCCUCUACAGCUUCGCUCCUCCCACCACACACUGCACGCGACAGCGACCAGCCGUCCAGCCUUGACACAGAUCAGCUUUUAUGCACCGUUUAUUCUCAUUAACCAUAUCAUUAACCAAGUAGGUAAUAAUCAAACCACCCCAGUGCUGCGUUUUGAUCUGAAUCAAAGACCUUCACUGGACAAAUCGAUGCACUUUUUAAUCACAGUGAACAUUUUAAAACGAUAACAAUCCCACAGUGUGAGCCAAUGUAUCCAGCUCGUGCAGCAGCUUUCAGUCAGCUAUAGAGGAAAACUCGAUCACUUCUGCCUCAGCAGCAGCCACUCCGCUAUUGUUUAUUGUCUUUCUCCAUACAAAGGUUUACAACUGUGGAAUUCUCAAAGUCAUACAUAGACGAUAAAUAUCAUGCUACCAAAGUAUUAAAUUUGUACAAAAAUACUUUACAGUUUAUAAUACUCGCUCAAUAAAAAUAAAAAUACAGUA